AUGCUGAGGUCGGUGAAAAGAUUCAUCCCUGAAGAAGCCAAGCGAUUUGUCGGUGCCGACGGCAAGCUUCAGACUACGCAACAAAACCUAGACUUUCUGGUUGAACAUGGUCUUGAAGUCGAUAAUGGACGCAUGAUUCGAAUAUCCGCAGGCUCGGAGCUGUCCAGAGCUGCUACAAAUUACUCUGUCACCGUCGCGUACAGCCCUCGACACAUUAUCCACCCAUUUGACCUUCGUUACUUUGACCCUCGAGGCCACCCCAUGGCAGCCAUGGUGCGGGUCAAAUAUGCCCAAAAAACGCAAGAAGAGCCCUUGUGGAUCAUGGUAACUGCGGCUGGGGGUUCGCCUGCCGUGGUGCGCUCAGUAACCCAACGUCGAUUUACAAGAUGCCUGCACGACGCCUUUCGAGAACUACGAUCUGAGCCGGGGCCUAAACGUCAAGUUGCCCGCAGGAUGCAGGGAACUCUUUGGAUCACAUUCCACAAUCCCAUCAAAGCAGCUAGACAUUCACCGGAGCGGUUUGGGCGGGUUAUAGCCAACGGUUUGGUUCGGUACUGUACUGAGUGA